UAUCUCAUUUAAAAAACAGGCGGUAAUUCUUGUCAAUGUUUCAUACACCCUUUUUUUAUUAUUCAACUCAUAAUACAUAUGCAGAGUUAUAUAGAGAAUAGUCCAUUGGAGUAUUUUAUAAUAUUUAAAUUGUUGAGAUUUACAGCUGUUUAGUUCAAAAACAGCCAAAAACAGCAAAGAGUUUUUUGCACUAUAGUGAAUAUUCAGAUAAUCAGAUAUUGUUUAUUUUGCAUCAGUCAGGAUGAUUGUGAUCCCAAAUGUGGGGCCCAGUUCCCCAGCGAGGAUCAGGAGACAGUGGGUGAAAAGGAUUCAGUGGGGUGUCCUCUUUGGACUGAUGGUCCUCAUCUAUGGCUCUCAUGCUCCACUCAUCACUCUCACCAAGGUAGAUGGUCAAGUCCCUUUCAACCCCUCAUCAUGUGUUCUCAUGAUUGAGUUAGCCAAACUCCUUAUUUCUCUGGCGACCCUUAUUCUAACUGGAGGUACCGCUGCCUUAAGCGCUCCUCCAUCUCUGUUCCUCGUGGCCCCCUAUGCAGUCCCUGCCAUACUCUACGCCCUCAACAACAACCUGGUAGUUCUCAUGCAGGCUUACAUGGAUCCAAGCUCGUAUCAAGUCCUCUCUAACCUGAAAAUUGCCUCCACUGCCCUGCUGUACUCCUUCUGCCUGGGCAAGAGGCUCCGGCCUGUACAGUGGUUGGCUCUGGGGCUCCUCAUGUGUGCAGGGGUGUUCCACACUUACAGCAGCCUAGAUCUGGGAGACGCCGAGAGGGUUGAAACUAAGGAAGGUCCCAGGCUUCAUAUCACAGCUUGGGGGCUUUUCCUUGUGCUGGUGUACUGCUUUGUUUCAGGCCUGGCAGCAGUUUACACAGAGAGGGUGCUGAAGAGCCAGAGGCUGCCCCUUAGCUUGCAGAAUCUCUACCUCUAUGUGUUCGGUGUGGCCAUCAAUGGGUUCUCCUCCUUUGCCGCUGUAGGAAGUGAAAAGAGCUUUCUGGAAGGAUACUCCGGGGUGGUGUGGGCGAUUAUAGCAGGCCAGGCAGCUAAUGGACUCUUCAUGUCUGUGGUGCUCAAACAUGGGAGCGGGAUCACCAGACUGUUUGUCAUUUCCUGCUCCAUGCUGGUUAAUGCUCUGUUGUCUUGGGUCAUCUUAGGGCUGCAGCUCACACCUCUUUUUCUCCUUCCUGUUUCUAUGAUCGGGUUGGCAGCUUACCUUUAUUACAGAUAACAGUCUCCACACAGCCCUCUGAGCCCUGAAAGAACUCAUUGAAGUCUACUCAAACCACUGUGUUCCAGUUUUUGAGUUUCAAAUGUUCGUUUUCUGCCUUUUAUCGAUCUGCCUUCUAGCUUUUGACAUCCAGAAUCCAACGCAUGCAUUUGAUUUGUAACCAUAGACCGUAUUAUGUAUGAACAGUCAGCCUGGUCGACACCUUUUAGAGUUUAAUUCAUCAUUCUGUAAUAUUAUUACAAGUAGAUUUACAGGAAAAUACAUAAAAAGUCCAGGUUAUUAUCUUCAGUGAAACAUUUCUGAAAUGCUGCUAUUGUCAUCUUAGUGAUUUUAUUUUGUGUUACAUUCUCUGCCAAGAACAUCAAAUAAAUUAUCAAAGUGUUAUACAGUGUGUUAUUGAUAACUAAUAAAUUGUCUAAAACUG